ACACAUGUGAGCGCGAUCGCAUGGCAGCGAAAGCGAAAUCAAAACAAAGCCGCAUUGAGUGCUGAUUGAGUGUUUUUCGCCUGAAUUUUGUAUUUUUAUUGUCCGUGGGGGCUGCGGAAAUAUUUAUCAAAUUCGCGAAUUUAUAUUCCUCAAAAACACAAAAAUGAGCAGUGAAGAGGAUGUCGGGAUGGAAGCGGAAGAGUCUGCAGAGCACUACAGUGAUGACGAACUGCUCGAACUGGACGAUGAAGAGGAAACUGUGGAGAAGAAGAAGACGAAAACAGGAAUUCUCUACCUGCCUAACAUCCCCCCAUAUAUGAAUGCAACCAUCCUAAGGGAAAUGCUGACGCCCUUUGGUGAAAUUGGCAGAAUAUUUUUGCAGAAAGACGCAAAAGCUGGCGCCCGUUUCAAAAAGGUCCGAAGGUACUCUGAAGGCUGGGUUGAGUUCAAGAGCAAGCGGAAAGCAAAGGAAUGUCUGGCGAUGCUUAACAACCAGAAAAUGAGCGACAGAAAGAAGAGCAAGUUUUAUGAUCAGUUGUGGAGCUUCAAAUACUUGCCAAGGUUCAAAUGGGCACAUUUGAGUGAGAGAUUGGCCUACGAGAGGGCGGUGCACCGGCAACGAGUGAGAACAGAAGUGUCGCAGGCCAAGAAGGAGGCGUCCCACUUCCAGCUGAGUUUGGACAAGAGCGAGAAGAUCCGUCACAUGCAGAAAAAGCAGAUGCUCGAGAAUGUGAAGCAGAAGGAAGGCUUCGAAAUUCCCCAGAGAAAGCUCGACUCGGAACACAAAAAGAAGAAGAACAAGAAGAGCAAUAAAAGUGCGGAAAGGACGGAAGUAAUCAGUUCGCUCUUUGGAUAAAACUGGAAUUGUGUUCAUUUUGCCGAGAAGUGACUGUUGACAAUGAGAAGAAGAGUUUUUGCUCAUUAAUUUCCUUGUGUCCCUGUUCUUUUUAUAUCAACAAAAAAUAAAAAGCUGUGCUGUCUUUGUUGCUUCUAGAUCUAACAAUAAGAAACUUGACAGCUGCUGACACCCUUUCAAUAAUAAUUUUUCGUGUUCAUUUGUCAGCUAUAAAAUAUGUUCUGCAAGGAAAUUAAUUUUUUUAGCAUUUAAAUAAAAGCAACAUCGCUGUCAUUGAACAAAAAAUAAUGAAAUGCUUCUCUCCUUUGAUGGUUUCCCUUUGUAAAAAGUAGAGACCGGAAACAGAGAUAAACGCUCUCAGAAAAGUUGCCAAACACAUAUUCCCAUUUUAAUUCAUGUUGCCAUUUUUCUGCUUCCGAUUGAUGUUUACUGCAGCUAAAGAGUUGGUAAAAUCAAUUAAUAAUCGCAGAAACACAUUAAAUUCAAUUUUGAUUAGGGAUGUUUCCUUCAACGGGGUUUUUGGUAUUAAAAAUACUUGAUUUUUUGAUGUGCGUGAAACCGAAAUGUUCAGCGUUGAAACAGCCGAAAUUGGC